AGCGUUUUUAAAGGAAGUCAGGAAUUCUUCAUCGUGCGUAAGUGGAAGUCGAAGGACGUAUUUGGGUACGUUGCAAGUCAUUGCACGUCCUCCACCUCGAGAUGAAGAAAACCGCAAGAAUGCCAUCCUCCAUCCGGGACCGCGUGUCGUUGUGGAUCUGACCCUGUCUGUGCAGCGAGUCUCAUCUGUAAGUCAGUGUGUCCGUUUUGUCCCCAUCGAGGUUGCUCGGGAUCAUGAAGUCGCCCCCCAUCGUAUCAAAUGUAAAAAUGUCUGGGUCUGGAAACUUGUGAUGCUGGGUGGCGUCUCAUGGUCGAUGAGGCUACAAAUGCUGGCUCAGCAUGACAAGUUUCUGAGCUCCUAGGUGUUGCCUAUUCUGCAUGACAAACAGCGCUUCUGCAUCACAGAAAAACGGAGCUCUUGGGUAACGUGCAUGACAGAUUUAAGAGUCAUGCCAGACAAGCAUGACAAACAUGAAUUCUUCCAGACCCAGACAUUUUUACAUUUGAUACAUCGCGUUGACCACGCAUUUGCACACCUGCAUCUCGAUCGCUGGCCUGUUUCUCCCCGAAGAUGUUGGGGCUCGGUUACGCGGCAAAAAUGAUCAAAAUGGUGACAGCGAUGUUGCGGCCGACAGAACCAGAAGUCACGAAGAUGGACUAUGAGAGCCUCAGAAUGGAAAUUCUCAAAGUGAAAAUAAUUUGUGAUGGUGCCUGAUGAAAUGCGACACCAAAAAGACUGUAUUGCAGAGAACGCAAUGGAGGCCGACUAUUCGUUGUGCUUCUACGGGUUCAGAAUUGGGCCGCUGAUUAGCACGAGAGAAAGGCACCCCUUUACCUACCUAGCAUGGCAGACACGUUUUGAGUGCCCGGGACCUUUGUCAUGCGCCGGCUAGAAAUGCUGCUUCGACUGGAGUCGCUUUUUUGCAUUACCCCACUUUGAGUAUUAAUUUCCAACCUGAGGCUUUCAUAUGAACCACGCGAGGAGGACACGGUCGAGAACAACGCGGAAAGAACCGCGGCUGGUACUAUGUCUGUCGAAGUGGGGGCACGUGCUACCUUCGUGCAAGCGGAGGACGCGACCGAUAAUAUGAUCGGUGAUAACAAGAAGCCACGAGGACCUCCCGCAUCAACAAUCGAGAAAAAUAAAAAUGCCGGCGCCGUGGAGGCAAAAAAUAGGAAGCGAACCCUAUCCAGGAAAAAACACCCAUCCCCAUCCAUUUUUUGCAUUUCAAACCCUGCAGCUUCUGCAUGUUUUGCAUCACAAAUUGGAUGGGGAUGGGGUUUUUUUUCUGGAUAAACCCCGCGUGGAGAACAUCAAGCGAACCGGUUUUCUACAUAUCGUGGCAACUGGCAGUGGUGCUUCGACAAGGGUUUUUGGUGCUCCAGAAACGUACUCGAGGCCAGACCAGUAGUCGGAGAUCUCCUUGCCUGCAAGUGUUCUCCUCGCAGCUUGCGUUUACUUGGCAUACCUUUUUACCCAGCGAUCAACUUUACCCCUUCUUACGUACCCUGGAAUUCACCGGUAGCGAUAGAAGCACGCGUGGAGGAAGACGGGCAUCCGAACAUCAUCGCUCGGUUACUGAGCUCACGCAACAGCCCGGAAGACAUACAGCCUGUCUCGUGGAGAGACUGGCUGGUUUCUCUGUUCAGCCCCAACCCGCGAUAUCUGGAAGAACGACGGCAGGCUGGGGUAAGAGAAAGACUUGCUGCUGUAGAUCGGUCCUUGCGCAGUAGCGCAGAUUUUAUCAGAUAUGCACUACAAAAGCAUCAUCGUUCUCGUACUGAAAAUUUUAUCCCAAUCAUGUUCAUGCAUGACAGAUGAAAAAAAAAAAUCAUGCAUGACUACAGAUGUCCUACUUUCGAAUGUACCCAAUAAUAAUAACUGUACAUUACACGAGAGAAGAAAACCUUCACCCGGAUUCCGUGUGUCCAAUAUGAACAAACAAACAAUAACUGUACAUUAAACCAGCAUAACAAUUUCAUUUGUCAUGCUGAGUUUGAACUAAUUUGCAAUGCGGUUUUUGCUACCGCACUGGCAGCACUGCUGCCAGUCCCAGUGCGAUAGUUUUGCAAGUCAUAGCAGCGACAAGUCGACGAUUCCCGGUUUUUACGCCUUGCAAAAAUGUCGGGGUCUGGAAGGUCAGAACUUGUAGUGCUGUCUUUGGAUUCCAAAAAAAUGAAAAUCUGUAUUGCAUGACCAGUAGCUGUAACAGGACGGAGUCCAGUUUGUGCUACGCGGAGAGGGCAUUUUUCUUGCGGGAUACGCAUUAGGAAGCCCUCGAAAAAUCUGUGAUGCUAGAUCAUGCAACACAGGGGGCGACGUCAUGGAUCAUACAGAAUCUGCAUGACAAACCUGGCAGUCUUCUAGACCCAGACACGUUUGCACUUGGUAGCUUUGGCCUCGGGCCCGUGGACGCCGCUCGGGACCUGCAUAUAACGGGAAAAUUGGUAUUCGUAUUCAAUAUUCGUAAAAUUUUCCGGCCCCUCCCAGCCCAGCAGAACAAUCUCCUCCACCUGCCGCCCAAGGUCGUCCGCCCCCGUCUUCACCGUCGUCUGCGCCGACCUUUUUUACUGUGUUUUCGAAAGUGAAGUUAUUUGAUGACGAAUGCGAAUGCGAAUGAAAUAGCUAAGCUUGUCGUGGUGCUAGAUAGUUCAAAUAUAGAUAGCGCUUGAGAUGUUCGGUCACUAUCUAAGAUAGUCAGAACGGGUCCUCCGGCUCGGCCCAGCAGCAGGUUCGCCACGGUGUCCACCUUGGGCACCAUAGUGGUGCCCAACACGCAGUGCCUAGCGCAGCUACGUCGCUCCGGAAAAAGCAGCAACACGCCAGGAUAUGCGGAAUCACAUCUACAAGCGCAAGUCACAUUUUGAACUAUCUAACACCACGACAAGCUAGCUACAUUAAUAGAUAGCCAUUCACUCAUUCCAAAAAUGCCAUCUAAAAAUAGCAGGGUCGCCGAACUCCGCCAACUUACCUGUCUAGUGCUCUUCCUGUCGCUGCCGCACCACAUCCAGCUGGGUCGCCGGCCGCCCUUGGAGGGGCAAAGAAAAUUUGCGAUUUCUGAAUACGAAUACCAAUUUUACCGCUAUACUGCAAGCGGUGCACUUAUCAAAUGCAAAUAUGUCUGGGUCUGGAAGGGUGCGCGACUUGUCAUACAGUUUUUCCAUGACGUGACCCAUGAGGUCUGGAAUGCCGAAUGCGGGACCCAGCAUGACAGAUUCUGUGAGGUCGCUAUCGUGGCUAUCCUGCAUGAGAAACAACUCCCUCUCAACUUGGUCAAAAGCGGACACCAGCUUUUGCUACUCAUGAGACACAGAUUUUUGCAUGAUUCAGAUUUAGCAGGACAACUUGCACCAGCAAUCUUCCAGACCCAGACAUAUUUGCAAUGCAUAGCACUUAGACGGCACCAGAACCGGGCAGCGUGGGCGAUGGGACAGCGCCUCGAAUUCUGACCCAUUUCUCCUGCACUACACACAGGAAAUAGAGAAGAAAAUGCAAGAAUCCGGGGACCAAAAAUGGGAAACGCGAAUGGUCUGCGACAUCGCCCAGCAUAAUUUCACCGCCUAUUCUUGUCAACAACGCCAUCCCCUGCUCCCACACGACAUCGAACGAUACUAUGUUCGCGUGCCAUUAUGAUCCUGUGCAAAAGUAUCUUAUACUUGUAUGACUAUGCGUGCCUGUCUUGCAUGACAGAAGAUCUUCAUCUUUUUGUUUUAUUUUUUGUGUUGCCCAUGCCUGAUCCUGUUGUGUUUGUUAUGCAAAGAAAAGAACUCUGCAUGUACGAAUUCCAUUUUACUUUAUACCUUUUGCUUUUGUGGGAAGAUUUGUACAACUAUUGCAAUUUCUACUAUUAGUACGAUACGACCUUUGCAACGCAUACCCAGUUACGUUCGACAAUUGGUGUUUGUCUACGUGCUUCGCUUUUUUUUACGAGGACAUUAAGACGGAUUUUUUUUCCCCCGGGCAUCCAGGUGUAUGAUCGGAGUGUCUUAUGACAGUGCACAACCCCCCCUCCCCCUCAUUUGAAAAGCAUAAGCAGCAGGAGCACAAGUCGUGCUGGCAAAAAUACAGUGUUUGCAUGGGAAUUUUGCGACCGAUAGUACUAGUGUUUCGGCUUCCUGAACCCGUCAUACAAGCAGCGCUAAAGGGAAAAGGCUCGGCUGGAAAGGAACUGGAUUUGCUAUUUUGCAUGACAAAUGGAGGGGACGAGGGGGAGUUGUGCACUCUCAUACCUCUGUGUCAACGUCGUGUAGAACCUUCGGCAGAGUGAAAAUGAGUUUAUUGUGCUUUUAAUUUUAUUUUUGCCUGAAUAAAUAUGCCAUACAAAAACAAAAAAAAUGAUCGAUAUUGCAAGCGAAGCAAGUCGUGAGGUCGAUUGUACUUGUAGUCCUGUGCCUGCGUGCGCUGCGGAUUGGGCGACACCUGUUUCUUUCUGAAGCGCAUGAGCACCUCCAGAGCAGCUCGCGCCCUUUCUGUCGGAACAAACCGCAGAUUUGUCGUGCAACGAUUAGAAAUGGACGGUCGAAGAAAGCAAAGAAAGGCAUCGGUAGUUUCUUGUAAAUAAUUAUACGCAUCUUCAUCACAAGAAUAUGAAUAAGAAAUCGCUAUUCGUAUUCACUUUGUCGGCUUUGAACGAUCGCUGACGCUUCGCUUCCUCCAUAGGAAAACCGUGAAACGCAGAAGCGCUACAACGGAACCAAGGUCCGGAAGCGAGACGAUGUUGUGGGGGGCGUAGAAGUCGAUCUGGGGCCCGAUGCGGGUAGCGGGACAUGGAACGUGGGAGUGUGGGGUGCUUUAUGCAGUGCAAAUACGUGUUGACCGUGUAUGUGUAUGUCUGGUUCGGGAAAAAUCCUAUUGUCACGCAGUUUGUGUGGUCCAGUAGGUCUGGACGAUGAACGCAGAGUCCAGCAUCACAAGUUCUGCAACAGCUUUGCAAUGUCCAUUUAUGGUCUAAAAAUGGCAAUGAGAACGAUUCCUCAUCUCGCACUGUCGCCAAAUAGAAAUAAACAAAGUGGCCAGCUUUUGCGACUCAUGCAUUGAUUCCAGAUCUCUGCGUGACUGGGAGAGGGCAUCACAAGUUGAAGCUCCAAUCUUUUUUCCAGAUUUUUUGUUGUUGCGAGUGAACCUGAGCUGUCCAAAUUCCUGUUUCUGUCCUCAUGCAAAAAAGUCAUUUGCAUGCUCGACGCCAUUCAAUCUUAUUUCCAGAUGACCCUGGUGACAUAUUUGCAAUGCAUAUGUGUGGGGAGUGCAAGCCGAAAUUGAAAGAUACGCGGAGAACGGGACGAUACGAGCGUGCAAAAUUCCCUCGCCCUUACAAGGCAUAAUUGUUCACAACAACAGAAACAAAUAUAUAGAAAUAUGCGAUAAGGUAGAAGUUGAAGUUCUUCUAUCUUCACAUUGACGCUGCAUGAUUACAAACCCACGACGGCGCGCGGAAUGAAGAUCUAGUGCUCUUGAUGGUUGUCAUUCGUUUUCAUGUAAAUGCAAGCUGCAGCUACGUACGUUUACGUAGUCGUAGACGUAGACCACCCUCCAAAACAAGCACAAACAAGAAAACGCGAUAACUACAUGCAAUUGGAGAGGACGCACAACAUUGUAAUAUCUCGCAUGACAGCACAUUAGAAGGGAAGUAGUGGAGUUAUGCACCCUCUUCAUAUUACGAGCCGGGCGCUGUUGUUAAGCUCGACUUCCUGGCCGUCGAUGAUGAUCCAGAAAGCUGA